AUGCCUAUCCGACGCAACAUCCCCACCUCCGCUCUCCUGUCCCCCGGCGGCUAUGACGAUGACGCCGAGUCGCUACGCUCCCCGUCAGAACAGGACUCCGACUCCGAGGACGACGAAUUCCUACGCAACUCCCGCACCACCCUCGAACUCGCUGAACAUGACCGCGGAGUCCUGGACGAUGAGGAGGAGACAGAGAAGCUGCUCACCCGGAGCGGCCCAACCCAUGGCCUCCGUCGCAUCUUCAGCCCCAACAGCAGCAGCGUCAGGAUCGGGAAGCAGGAACGCCAACGCCUUCGGAGACAGGCCAGGAAGGAGGCGCGCAGGGACCGCCGUGCAAAGGCACGGGAAUCCGGCGAGAUAAUGUUCGAGAUGGAGGAAGGUCACCGGGAUGAUGAGCGCUCGCUCCUGAGCGAUGCCUCCUCGUCUGAUCUGGACACCCAAGCCAAAGAGUACACCUACGCGCAGCCACAGAAGGUUUCAUGGCGCAGACUUACGCUGAUUUUCUCGGCAAUCUUCGUCCUCCUUCUCAUAUUCCUGUUGGGGGCCUACAAAGCAUCGGCAAGGUUUCGGGUCUCCCACUCGCCCAGGAGAUUGUUGUCGAACGGCACGGCUUUGUUCGCCCCCACCACCAUCUUGAUCUCUCUGGAUGGUUUCCGAGCCGACUUCCUUACUCGCGGAUUGACUCCGACCCUCAACUCCUUCGUCGCCAACGGCGUUUCCCCGCAAUACAUGAACCCCAGCUUCCCCAGCGUGACCUUCCCCAACCACUUCACGCUUGUUACAGGACUAUAUCCCGAGAGCCAUGGAAUUGUCGGAAACACUUUCUGGGACCCAGAGUUGCAAGAGGAGUUCUACUACACCCACCCCGCGGUCAGCAUGCAGCCCAAGUGGUGGAACGCGGAACCGCUCUGGAUGACGGCCGAAAACCAGGGGUUGAGGACCGCCAUCCACAUGUGGCCCGGCUCAGAGGCACAUAUCGGAGGGGUAGAGCCGACGUAUCUCGACCAAUACAAUGGCUCGGAAGCGCUGUCCCGCAAGGUGGACCGCAUCCUCGGGCUGCUGGACAUGCCUGGGCUGGAAGAUGCAUCGCGAAUCUCCCCGCAACGCCCGCAGUUCAUCGCUGCCUAUGUCCCGAAUGUUGAUGCAGAUGGGCACCAAUAUGGCCCCAACAGCACAGAGAUCCGGGGGACGAUCUCCAAAGUCGACGAGAUGCUGGGGGAUCUGUUCUCGGGCCUGGAGGAGCGCAAUCUGACCGAUGUCGUAAACAUUGUGAUUGUCUCCGACCACGGGAUGGCGACCACUGCCACCGAACGGCUGGUGCAACUGGAGGAUCUGGUCGACCUCAGUCUGGUCGAGCGCAUUGACGGGUGGCCGUUACGCGGGCUGCGUCCCAAGCGCCCGGAGGAUCUUCCGAUUCUUCAGCAACAGCUCGAGAGCGUGGCCUCGAACUACUCGCACGCGGUGGAGAUUUACACGCGGGAGAGCAUGCCCGAACGGUACCACUUCCAGAACAACGAUCGCAUCGCGCCUCUGUGGGUGAUCCCGAAGACGGGCUGGGCGAUUGUCGAACGGGUCGACUUCGAUGCCCGCAAAGCUCUGGCGAAGGGGGAGGUGUAUCACCCGCGCGGGAUCCACGGGUACGACCAUGAGCACCCCUUGAUGCGCGCCAUCUUUAUUGCCCGGGGCCCUGCAUUCCCCCACGAACCCAACAGCCGGCUGGAUGUUUUCCAGAAUAUCAACGUCUACAACAUCAUCUGUGACUCUCUCGGCGUCACACCCCACCCGAAUAAUGGAACCUUGAAUCUCCCCCUCAAACCGGUGGGACUCCAUUCCGACGAAGACACCCCUGCUCUCGACAGUCCGUCCGACCCACCAUCCAGCACCUCCGUCAUAGCAGCGCCCGCAAAGACGCCCGCAGCUGAAAUGACGACCCCCGCGAUGCCCACGGAGACGGCGGCAGAGGCCCAGCCGGAGCCCGACUCGGAGAGCGAUGACGAGCAGGGCCCUACGUGGUGGGGGACGCUCUGGGACAAGCUCGAGGACGUCAAGGACUGGGCGAGCGACGUGAUCGAGACCGUGAAAGACAACUUCACCUCGGCGCAGUGAACGAUCACCUUGCAUAAUUUUGUUGGCUUUUUUCUGCGUAGAUAGCGCCGUUUCGCCGUUUUUCAUUUUUACUUUUUCUUUUUUGUUUUGUUUUGUUUUGUUUUUUUUUUUUUUGGAUGGGGAAGACACGGGACACUACGUCAUCCUCCAGAUACCCACAUUUGGCGUUAAAUGUUAGAGAUGUUAGAUUGGACCCAUAUAUCGUGAUGUUAUUGGGCGCUACGCCAUCGGUCCGCUGCGCCUUUUUGAACUUGACCGCAAGGGUUGCCC